CAUCAGAGGCUCCUUGAAAUGCUAGAUACAGAGAAGGAACUAUUUAAAGAAAAAAUAAAGGAAGUUUUGGAUCAGCAGUCUCAAGAACAGAAGGAAAUAUUGCAAAAAUGUUUGGAGGAAGAAAGGCAAAGAAAUAAAGAGGCGUUGGUAUCUGCUGCAAAGCUUGAGAAAGAAGCGAUGAAGGAUGCAGUUUUAAAAGCCAUAGAAGAAGAAAGAAGAAAUUUGGAAAAUGCUCAUGCUGAAGAAAGGGAAUUAUGGAGGACAGAACAUGCAAAAGAUCAAGAAAAUGUAUCUCAGGCAAUUCAAAAAGCUAUACAAGAGCAAAGAAAAAUAAGUCAGGAAACUGUUAAGGAAGCAAUAAUAGAAGAGCAGAAGCGGAGUGAAAAGGCUGUGGAAGAGGCAGUGAAAAGAACAAGAGAUGAAUUGAUCGAGUAUGUAAAGGAACAGAAAAGGCUUGAUCAAGUCAUUCGCCAAAGAAGCCUGUCCAGUUUGGAACUGUUCCUCUCCUGUGCUCAGAAACAGUUAAGUGCUUUAAUAGCUACGGAGCCAGUUGACAUAGAGUGAAGAGAACAUGGCAAGCUAACGUACACUGGCACUGAAUAAAUCCUUAGACCUCUAAAAUACAUGCUAUGCAUUAUAAAGAUGCUUUUGUUUUAUUUCCAAACCUUGGAGAAUUGAUUUCCACUUCAAGGAUAAACCAAAACAAUAUUUAGAACUAUCAAGUGAUCUAAUUUAUUUUCUUUUAUUUUCCCCUUUACAUUUACUAGUAUUUUAUUAGUAGUAGUAGUAACACAAAAUGAUAUGUCCCAAAGCCAUUGAAUAGUGCCACAUUAUCAAGUUAAGUAAACUUUAUAGCCUCUGGUGGCCUGUUAUAUUGUACUCAUAUGUGGUAAAAGGAGUAAAAUAUCUUUAUUACUGCUUCAUGAUGAUUCCUGAUAAGAUGCAAAAUGUAAUCAUACUUUAAUUUGAUUUUGAAGAUAAAAAUAGCAUGGAUUUCAGUAUCAUCUAUUAUGUAUGUAAAAUGCUGAUUUGAUAGAGAAUCAUUCUAUUACCAAACCUCUUUUCUGCAGGUGGAUCUGUGUAUUUUCAUUGGUCUACUGAAAACAAACAAUAUAAAUAAAAACACUAAAGAUUAUUAAUUCAAUUUUGAUCUGAUGUACCACUUAAAGGGGUGUGUGUGAUAUGUGCUUAUUUCCUAUUUCUGCUCUUCAAAGGCACUAUGAAUCAAUAAAUUCAUUUUUCUUAUGAAUUGAACCGUGAACUUAAUCUCUAGACAGAGAAUAAAACUUGGCCAUUUAUAGGAAUUUAGGUUCAAAUAUAAGAUAUAUGUAAUCUUUUCCUUGUACUUCAGAAUGUACCUUAUUGAUGAACAGUGUGCUUCGAUGCAAAAUCAUGAGUAUUUUUAACCUCAAAACUAAAAUGUCCUUAAAAUAUAUGUAUGCAAACGCUUUGUCUUAUUUUCUGAAAUGCUUCUACUUUCAUGGGCUUUGUACUUUUCUGGGAUUUCUCAGUGUAAUAAAAAGAGCUUAAAAACUUA